CGAUUCUUCCCACUGACACCAAUGAUGGGACACUAUUCCUUCCACUGAUAUCAAUGAUGGGGCGCUAUUCCUCCCACUGACAUCAAUGAUGGGGCGCAAUUCCUGCCACUGAUACCAAUGAUGGGGCGCUAUUCCUCCCACUGACACCAAUGAUGGGGCGCUAUUCCUCCCACUGACACCAAUGAUGGAGCACUAUUCCUCCCACUGACACUAAUGAUGGGACACUAUUCCUCCCACUGACACCAAUGAUGGGCACGAUUCUUCCCACUGACACCAAUGAUGGGGCACUAUUCCUCCCACUGACUAAUGAUGGGGCACUAUUCCUCCCACUGACACUAAUGAUGGGACACUAUUCCUCACACACUGACACUAAUGAUGGGGCACCAUCCCCAUCAUUGGAAUACCAUACUGAAAUAGCAUACCAUAUUGAAAUCAAAUCUGAU